AUGAAUGGUAGAAUCACCGCAACCACAAACGGUGCCAACGGUACAGAAGCAACCAAAAAAGACCUCUUGGAAUCUCUCAACCGAUAUGGAUUCGUUCACAUCCCUUCACUACUAACCCCGGAGCAAAUCCAAACUCUCCGCACCGCAACCACAGAGGUCAUCAAUCUCGCCCGAGCAGGAAAAUGGCCUCAUGUCCGCACCCUCCCAAAGCAGUUUCCUCCCUGGCCUAUCGAACCCGGCGCCAACCCAGCCGCAAAUGGAAUUUGGGGUGUCCAAUUCUUGAUGCAUCCUUCCAUGCCUCAUGCGCAAACGUUUAUCAAGAACUACUUCAGUAAUGAGAUUGUGGAGGUGGUGAAGGAGUUACUUCAAUGUUCCGACGACGAACUAGUUCUCGAACUCUUUAACAUGCUUGUACGCCCCGAUGAGGAUUUCGAAUUGAUCUGGCAUCGCGAUGACAUCCCUUGGAAGGCGACAAAGGAGGAAGAAGAGGAGAGAUUGGGUGUGGGCAAGGAUAGAGAAAGAGCCUGGCAUGCGCAGUGGAAUUUGGCGCUUUAUGAUGAUGCUUCGCUCAUUGUAAUUCCAGGUUCUCAUGCGAGAGCUAGAACUGAGCGGGAGAGAAAUGCUGGGCCUCAUGAGACGGGUCUACCCGGAGAGAUCACGGUCCUGCAGAAGGCUGGAGACAUACUGUUUUAUGAUAAUAAUAUUUUGCAUCGUGGGAAGUAUGAUAAAGGAAAGGAGAGAGCGACGUUACAUGGAACUAUGGGACGCGCUGGGGGUAGUAGGGAUAGAGCGAGGAAUGUAUUGCAGCAUGGAAUCGGGGAGUGGGUUGCUGAAAUUGAUUUGAGUGCUUUGGAGGGACGUGAGAAGGAGAGAGCUGAGGGAAUGAGAGAGAGGUUGCUUGCUAUGGGUACUCAUUCUGGGGAGUAUUCAUUGGAAGGUUAG